UCGCGGUAUCACACACUGGUACAGCCUUGCCCGCCGCGUGAAAAUGUUUAUUUGCAGAUCGCUCAGUUGGUAUAAAGUCGAGUCUUGGCCGAGAAAUUGCUCUAGUUACAUAUCGUAUAUCGAGCAACGACUUUGCCAUAGCGCCGAUUAAAUUCUCAUCUCUCUGCAGUUGAGUAUAUACGAUCACAUUAUAUCCACUGCGUGUUUUCGUCUCGACGAAACAGAUUCGUCGACGGUAUAUUCCAUGCACAUACGAGUUCGGAGUGUCGGAAUGCCCUGUAGCGUAGGCCACUGAAAGUGAAAAUAAACGACACGACGUUUCCCACGACAAUUAUAUUUAUAUCGCGUACCAACGCGGACUUUGACCUCUGUAUACCAUACGAGAGCUGUUUUCCGAUUGUACAGCGGAGUAGCGCCUCCUCCGUAUAACGUACACAGCGCUUUUCUCAAAAAUAAGCGCUAAUCACGCCUGUCUCCCCUUAUCAUCCCGAAGCACGUAUAUAGUUGCUUCACCGCCGUUCUCUCGAACGUCUUGCGCCGAUCUUUAUAUUCGUUUCUCCUCUCGACUCGCGCGGUACAGCACAUGCACAGUGAAUAUCGAAGGAGUUUGAAGAAAAAAAAAUCGGUUGACAGAUACACGCGUUGAAUAAUCAUUAUUAUGAGGGUCGCGGUGAUCGGGGCGGGAUCGGCAGGACUGGCCGGCAUAAAGCAGUGCCUGGCCCAGUCCGUGGAUGUGGUCUGUUACGAGAAGACCGACAAGGUCGGCGGCACCUGGGUCUACGUGCCCGAGACCGGUAAGGACGCUUUUGGUCUGCCGAUUCACUCCAGUAUGUACGACAGCCUGAGGACGAAUCUGCCGAAGGAAGUGAUGGGUUUUCCGGACUAUCCGAUUCCCGAAAAUUCCAGGAGUUAUCUUCACCGUACGGAGAUACUUGCUUUUCUCAACGACUACUGCGAUCACUUCAAACUACGAGAUAAGAUUCGGUUCUUGCACAACGUCGAGUUGGCGGAGCCGACAAACGAGAAGAAGUGGAAAGUACGCGUCCGCGACCUGCGCCAGAAUACGACGUCUGAGGAGCAAUUCGAUGGGGUGAUGAUAUGCAACGGGCACUACUUCGAUCCGUCGCUUCCCGCGCUCAAAGGUCGAGAGCUUUUCAAGGGUCAGCAAUUGCACAGCCACGAUUAUCGCGUUCCUGACACUUUUGCCGACAAGCGGGUCGUCGUUUUUGGGGCUGGACCUUCCGGCAUGGACUUGGCCUUGGAAAUUUCAAAGAAGGCUAAACGUGUUAUUCUCAGUCAUCACUCGAAGGAGACGAUCUUGACCAAGUUUCCCGACAAUGUCGUACAAAAAAAGGAUGUCGUAGAACUGAAGGAAAACUCGGCCGUAUUUCAAGACGGUUCUGCCGAAGACGUGGAUAUAAUAUUCUACUGCACAGGUUACAAGUACAGCUUUCCUUUCCUCUCGGAAAGCUGCGGCGUCAGAGUCGACUCUAACAUGGUGACGCCUCUGUGGAAGCACGUGAUCGGCAUCGAGAGGCCCACCCUGGCUUUCAUCGGGCUUCCCUUCUACGUCUGCGCCUUCAGUAUGUUCGAUCUACAGGCGCGUUUCGUGCUGCGCUUCUGGCUGAAACAACGGGACCUGCCCUCGCGCGAGGCUAUGCUCGCCGACGAAAAGAGAGAAAUGGACGAUCGGUUCAACAAGCGCGGCUUCACCAAACGUCAAUUCCACAUGAUGGGCCCGUUGCAGGGCGACUACUACGACGAUCUCGCGGACACCGCGGCGAUCGAGCGCUUGCCUCCUGUGCUCACUAAACUGCACAACGAGAGCAGCAACCGAUUCCUAGACGAUCUCGUUCACUACCGAGAAGAUCGUUAUCGUAUCAUCGAUAGCGAGAAUUACAUUCAGCUCGACGCCGUUAAUGGCAAUUAGUCGUGCCGUAUUUUGUGGUUUUUAUCAGUAGAUAGCGUUCUGUGUAAAUGUAUAUAAUACUCGUCAAUAUUUUUGUUUUACGUUAUUUUUUUUAACUCUUCAACGAGGAAUCGAAAUAAAUUCUGUAUGUCUGUUAGA